UUCUCCACGUGCUGCAAGAAAAAUUCGAAGCCUGAAGAAUUUUCCUCAAAAAAUGCUUGUUUUAUUUGAAACUCCGGCAGGAUAUGCUGUCUUUAAGUUGCUGGACGAGAAGAAACUGAAGAAUGUGGAUGAUUUGUAUAAAGAAUUCGAGUCUCCGGAUUCAGCCAGUAAAGUGGUAAAGUUGAAGCAUUUCCACAAGUUUGACGAUACCACAGAGGCUUUAGCAGCCACCACUGCAGCUGUGGAGGGAAAGAUGGGCAAAGGCCUCAAGAAACUCUUGAAGAAGGUUGUGGCUAAAGAUGCACAUGAACAACUUGCUGUGUCUGAUGCAAAGCUUGCUGGAGCUAUCAAGGACAAGUUGAACAUCACCUGCAUCUCUUCUAAUGCCAUUCAAGAACUGAUGAGAGGUAUCAGGAACCAAAUGAAUAACCUUGUUACUGGUAUACAGGAUAAAGAAAUGGCUGCUAUGGCAUUGGGUUUAGCACACAGUCUGUCAAGAUACAAGUUAAAGUUCAGUCCAGACAAAGUAGACACCAUGAUAGUACAAGCUAUUUCUCUUCUUGACGACCUUGACAAAGAGCUCAACAACUAUGUGAUGAGAUGCCGUGAAUGGUUUGGAUGGCAUUUCCCUGAGCUGUCUAAGAUCAUCACAGAUAACAUUGCAUACACUAAGACAGUGAAAGCCAUGGGUACAAGAGCCAAAGCUGCUGAACAGGAUUUCUCUGAGAUUCUUCCUGAAGAAGUUGAAGAACAAUUGAAGGCUGCAGCUGAAAUUUCCAUGGGAGUUGAGAUUUCCAAAGAGGAUGAAGAAAACAUCAUGUUUUUGUGCGACCAAAUCCUAGAAAUAUCAGAUUAUAGGGCCCAGCUGUAUGACUACCUCAAGAAUAGAAUGUUGGCUAUUGCACCUAACCUUACCACUUUGGUUGGGGAGUUAGUAGGUGCAAGGCUUAUCGCCCAUGCAGGUUCACUCAUCAAUCUUGCUAAGCAUCCAUCAUCAACUGUACAGAUACUGGGAGCUGAAAAAGCUUUGUUCAGAGCUCUAAAAACAAAGCAUGACACUCCUAAGUAUGGGUUAAUCUAUCAUGCCUCUCUUGUUGGGCAGUGUGCUCCUAAAAAUAAGGGCAAGAUUUCUAGAAUGCUUGCAGCCAAGGCAUCUCUUGCUGUCCGUGUAGAUGCUCUAGGGGAAGACACCACUACUGAGAUGGGUAUUGAGAACAAGGCCAAGCUGGAGGCAAGGCUGAAGAUGUUUGAGGAUGGACAGAUGCGAAAGAUAAGUGGAACAGGCAAAAGUCAAGCAAAGUUUGACAAAUAUGAAAAUAAAAGUCAAAUCAAGACUUACAAUCCAGAUGCCGACUCUACUAUUGAUAGUAAACCCAAGAAAAGAAAGCAUAAAGRGGUGGAGGAAGAGGUGAAAGAAGAAGUGAAUGAAGAAAAAGAAUCUGAAGAUGAAGAAGAAGUACCGGCCAAAAAGUCAAAGAAAGAUAAAAAGAAGAAGAAAGAAAAACGAAAAACUGAAACAGAGGAGAGUGAUGGAGAGGAAGAAAAAGUCGAGCCAAAGGAUGAAAGUUCUGAAAAGAAAAAGAAAAAAAAGAAGAAAAAGCAGAAGACAGAUGAUUCAGAUUAGGCACGAGUGCCUUCAAUUAUUUCCCUUUAUUUUACCAUCGUCCAUUACAAUACUAUGAACUUUGAAAUGUUUUUAUUUGAAAAAAAAAAAAAAAAAAAAAAAAAAAUACAUUUGCAAGCUUCUUAGUUAAAACUCUCGAUUCUUGGCUUGACUUUGAUUUCAUACAAUCAUGAAUGAAAUUAUGCAUGGCGAUCAAUUUGAAUAACUAUUGUCCAGGACGGGCUCAAUAAGCCUGAAGCRAGAUGACGUUUUACCCCCGUCUCUAGACCAUAAUCCUUUUCACACUGCUUUUGUUCUUUAAUUAUAACUAUUGUACCUGUA